AUGUUGUUCACCAGCCUCCUCGCAUUCGCCGGCGCCGCUGCCGUAUCGGCAUCCCCAAUUGACCAAAUCAAGUCUGCCGUUCUUCCCUUGGCCAAACACCACAGCGUCACCUCCAUCAAGAACAUCAUUGACAAAGGUCAAGCCCGUCUCAACAAGAUUAACGGUAUUACAACCACUGAGAAACGUGCCGGCUCUGGCGCAGUCACUAACGAUGAUGUCUCCUACCUUGCCCCAAUCGUAAUAGGAGGUGCCACAUGGUCACUCAUCGUCGAUACUGGAUCCUCCAACACCUGGUGCGGUGCUCAGGCUUCUUGCGAGAAGACUUUAACUGGUGUAUCCAGUGGUGGUACCAUCUCCGUCUCUUACGGAAGCGGUUCGUUCUCCGGACGAGAGUACACAGACACUGUCAGCUUCGGCGGUCUCACCGUCAAGUCUCAAUCCAUUGGUGCUGCCACGAGCGCUUCUGGAUUCUCUGGCGUCGAUGGUAUUCUCGGUGUUGGUCCAGUUGACCUUACUGAGAGUACCGUUUCUGGUCUCUUUACCGUUCCAACCUUCAUGGACAACCUCAAGUCCCAAGGUUCCAUCGCUAGUGAGGUUCUUGGUGUUUACUUCAAGCCAGAAUCCGGAAGCGAUGCCGACGACAACAACGGUGAGCUUACCCUUGGUGGUGUUGACACUACCAAGUACACUGGUACUCUUACCUACUUCCCCAAGGCUACAUCUGGCCAGGCCUCAUACUACUGGGGUAUCAACAUCGCUGGUUUCACUUACGGCACUACCACCCUUGCAACAUCCGCCACCGGAAUUGUCGACACUGGAACCACUUUUAUCUACAUCCCAACCGCAGCUUACAACAAGUUCCUCGCUGUCACUGGCGGUCAAACCGAGAGCUCUAACGGUAUCGCUUCCUUCACAACCAAGCCAACAGCCAACUUCUCCAUCAAGUUCGGAACCACCACUUACAGCCUUACUCCCGCACAAUACUUGGUUCCAACCGCCCAAUACUCCAACUUCGGUCUUGACUCCGACAGUUACUACGCCUGGAUCAGCGACGGAGGUUCUUCCGGUGUCAACACCAUCAUCGGACAGAAGUUCUUGGAGCAAUACUACUCCGUCUUUGACACCACCAACUCCCGCAUUGGUUUCGCCACUGCCGCAUAA